AUGAGACCCCCUGCACGACUCAAGGACGUACAGAGGUUGACGGGGUCCCUCGCAGCCCUCAGCCGCUUCAUCUCAAGGCUGGCCGAGAGGGCUCUUCCCUUCUUCAAGUUGAUGAGGGGGUCCGGUCUAUUCACAUGGACUGAGGAAGCAGAGCAGGCCUUCCAGGAUAUGAAGCAGUAUCUCACCUCCCUACCGGUCCUAGUGGCUCCGGACCCAGGUGAGACAUUGUUUCUGUACCUUGCAGCGACGACUGAAGUGAUCAGCACGGUGCUGGUCACUGAGAGGUCCGAGCAACUCAUGCAGGGGGCCCCUGUGGUCCCCCCUGCCCACAAAAUCGCGGUGGUAACCGCUUACCCGUUGAGGACCAUCCUCCACAACAUCAAUGCCACAGGCAACAUUGCCAAGUGGGCUGCAGAGCUUGCUGGGUUUCAACUCGACUUCCAGCCCUGCCAUGCCAUCAAGAGUCAAGUGCUUGCCGACUUCGUUGCAGAGUGGACUUCUACACCUUGCUUCCCUGGGGAUCCGGACCAUGGUUCGGACCCCCCACCUCCAGAGGUCAGGGCUCCGGUGUUCACCGGACCCCACUGGACGAUCUUCUUCGAUGGGUCCGCACGCAACAAGAAGGUUGGAGCUGGCAUGGUCCUCAUCAACCCAAAUGGCGAACAAGUGAAAUAUAUGGUGCUCCUCGACUUUGAGGCCACCAACAACAUGGCGGAAUAUGAGGCCCUGAUCUUCGGAUUGACGGUGGCCCUAUCCCUAGGGUUCGGGGUCCCGAACCGAAUCAUCACCGACAACGGGACCCACUUCAAGAGCCAGCACUUUCAAGAGUACUGCGAGGACAUCGGCAUCCAGCUCUGCUUCGCUUCUGUAGCUCAUCCCAGAAGCAAUGGCCAAGUGGAACGGGCUAAUGCUGAGAUACUCAGGGGGCUCAAGAUUCGCACCUACAACGAUCUUGAAAAGCAUGGUGCGAAGUGGGUUGACCAACUUCCAAGCGACCUCUCCUUCACAUGA